UCCGGUACUCAGUCCCCGCCUCCAACAAACACCAACGAAGAAGAACAGCCCCCGCCUCUUGUGUGCAGACCGCCGAAUUUUGAAAAUAACGACUGUUUCAGUAAGAAGACGUGACUCAAAACGAGCUGACGUUACUUCCUGACAUCGCAGCAUCAUGACGUCCAUCACUGAUCCAAACAUGAGUGUCAGGUUCACGGGUGCAAUGGAGGAGAUCCACAACAAACAGCUUAAAACAUAUGGGGAGAUAAUGGACACAACUACAGAGCUGUGCCAGUCCCAUAGACAGUUUGUGAAGUCUGCACUUGAUAUGUGUUUAAAGAAAUGUAAGGAUGAUGAGAUGCUGUUUGAGACAAUACAGACAUUCAAAAUAGACUUGGAACAAAAAAAUUCAUCAUUGAAAGAGAAACAACAUGAUAUUUCGGAAGUGAUAUCUGAGAUUCAGCAGAAGGAAAUGCAAAAAGAUGAAAUUAUUCAGAAGAUAGAGAAACUUAAAGAGGAACAAGCCAAGAGAAAAGAGUUAAUUGUGUCUCAAAAUAAAGCAAACAAAGACAGACUGAGAAAUCUCCAGAAAGCCAGACUCGUUUUUCAGGAUCAUUUGGGGAUGGAGAUAAGAACAAUCCUCGGCAAAACUCAGUUGGUUAAAGGUGAAAAGUUGCAGUUUGUUUUCCGGAAUAUCAACCCUUCAGACCAGGAGAGUGCCUACGUCGUCACAAUGGGGAUUAAAGAAGACGGAGCAUACCAGAUCGUGUCCAGUGACCCCGUGCUCGAGUGUUUACCGGCCUUGGAAAGCCGUCUUCAAGAGACCAAUAACUUACCAGCAUUCCUCGCAAAUGUCAGAAAGGAGUUUAUCUCUCAGGCACGCAGCUAAGACUGCAGGGAUGCAGGGACACAAAACCACGCAGAGAUGUUCUUGCUACAAUGUGGACUACUGUAAAUAGGAAGGACCAUAAUGUUCAACAAUCUGAAAGUAAGUAAAAUGUAAAGCAGGACAGUUUUUAAUAUGAUACUGUAACACAUUAUCCAGACUUAUGUGUGAAUAUGGAUCUAAGAUACACUUUUGAGGGCAAUAAUAAACACCCUAAAAAAUCUGGACUGGUCACUACAUAAUUACCUGUGUUGUAUGCACAAGUCAUUUUUUUCUGAGCAGCAGUUUUUGCCUUUGUUUAAAACAUCGGAGUUUCUCCUUGAGAACCGGGCGAUCUGGUGGAAAUCUUAUCUUCUCAAAUCAGUUCACGAUCCUAAGUAUGCUCUUCAAAAGUAUGGAUAAAUAAAGUUAUUUAACAUUCACAUAUUGAUAUAAACAAUUUUCUGCUUUUGUAUUUUUUUCAUAUUACUAUUUUCCUGGGCUCCAUUUUUCUUAUGUUAAUUAUAUAAAUGUAUUAUUAAAACAUAUUUAUUAAAGUCUUCAUAGUUAUUCAGUUUGACUGCUCAAAAUGGGGCAUAAAUGAUGAGAAUUUCAAUUAUUGUAUAAAUCCUAAUAGAAUUAAAAAAUAAACUGCAGAGACCAGUGACAGAAAUCAGACUGACUGUCAGCAAACUGAGUGCUAUUGAAUUUAUUAACAAUUAAAAAACCAUGAAUACCAAUGAUAUUAGCCUGUAGAUAGACAUACACUUGAUUUGUUAUGAUUCUUCUACUCUGCCUAUUCAUUGUUGUGCAUUUGAAAAGUGGUGAAUCUCCUUCAUUCAGGGUGACUUGAAUAUUUUUGCUGUUUAUGCGUCUUGUCAAUCAGGCAUCAGAUGAUUUGACGCUGCUUAACACAGGCAGCUCCUCAACGUAGCCUGAUGGGAAAUGGCCUGUCUGUCCAUUAAGUUCACCAAACCACCAACCAUUCUCCUCUUUUGUGUAAAUGUCUAGAAGAUCUCCUGUGAAAUACAAACAGAGAUCAUCAUAUAAGUUAUGCUGUCGACCUCUACUGCCGUUUUACUAAACCUGUUGCUGAGAUGAAACUCACCCUCUUUCAAAGUCAAUUCAUCAUCCUGUUCAGGUUUAAAGUUGUAUAGGGCCUUGCAUUUUCCUAUACUGCAAAACUCUGAUGUUUGACCUUUGAAAGUGUUAAUAUUUUUGUGUCAUUUCAUUGUAAAAAAUCCACGUGAUUAGAAAUAAAUCUUUGUGUUCUCAUGGAAA